CAGAAAGCACCGAUACGACAAUCGCGUGCCGAUCGCCAGCACGCGACGCGCGGCGGGGCCGCGGCCCGUUGUGCGGGAAUUUUUGCAGGUGCGACUGCAGCCCGUGGGAAAGAACGGCGUGCCGGUAGUGAAGGAAAACGGAAAACCCUUGAUUACGCGCGUUGAUAUCAUUCAGACCGUCGACUUUUCCUCCUCGGCAUCUUCUAGAUCGGCGGACGAGAGAUCUUCUUCAGCAGAGGACAAUCACAAUAGUUCAUCAGAAAUAAACGCGAGUUGUCCGAGCUCUGCCUCUGCAGCACCUGAAUCAGAAAUAAGACUAGACAGCCGCAUUGGUGAUGCAGCUGAGCUACAAGAUCAAGAAGAACUGCAUGCAGGAGCAGCAGGGGCCCCAUCAGCUGCGCCGAACGACAUUGCGGAGGACGAUUGUGUUCGGCAGAAUCCUGGUUCAUUUAACGUGCGUUCACGAGACGGAGAACAUGUAGCAAACAAAAAUCCACGUGAAGCGCAACUUCGGUCAGCAUCCGUUGCCAAAAACUACUCCAGACCGAUUCGAUCAGUACCUGCUCCGGCACCGGUGUGUCCGUCUGCAAGACUUGGCGCCGGGCCGGCCCACCUGCUUCCUGACUCUACCGCAACCAACAUGGAAGAACAAUUAACGCCAUCUUGUGACACUGACACCGGCGUCCACCAGCGAGCAAAACAAGACGAGGGCGGCCAACUAGAUGAACAAGCAGCGACCACAAUCAAUGAUGAACCCCCUGCCACAUCACCACGCAUCACGGAGGUUAAAGAAGUCAAGUGCAGCACCUUUUUCUCGUCCUGCGGCAAGUUAUGAAAGCCUCAGGUUGGGAAUCCUCAAAGUGAAAAUAAUUUGUAAUGCAAAAAAGCGACUCCAGUUGGAGCACCAUUUAUAGUCGGCGCAUGACAAAUUUCCCGGGCACUCAAAACGUGUCUGUCAUGCUAGUUAUGCAAAAGGGUGCCCUCCUCUCAUGCUAAUCAGGAGCCCAAUUCUGAACCCGUAGAAGCACAAUAGUCCGCCUCCAUUGCGUUCUCUGCAAUACAGUCUUUUUGGUGUCGCAUUUCAUGCAUCACAAAUUAUUUCCACUUUGAGGAUUUCCAUUCUGAGGGCGUCAUACAAGUCGAAAAUUUCCGACCGAGAAGUGAGGUCCAGAUUGACGAAGAACCAGGCGAAGGCCUACCCGCUGCUCGAAUAUCAAAUGUAAAAAUGUCUGGGUCUGGAAGAAUGCAUGUUUGUGAUGCUUGUCUGGCAUGAAUCUUAAAUCUGUCAUGCACGUUGCCCAAGAGCCGCAUUUUUCUGUCAUGCGGAGACGCAGUUUGUCAUGCAGAAUAGGCAACACCUACAAGCUCAGAAAUUUGUCAUGCUGAGCCAGCACUUGUGGCCCCCUCAUGCUACGCCACUCAGCAUCACAAGUUUCCAGACCCAGACAUUUUUGCAGUUCAUAUCGAGGAGAACGGGGCAAUCAUUCGCGUGCCGAAAAAGCUGCAACAGUGUCCGCGGAAGAAAAAGGACACCCAGAAGUUGUUCGAGCACCUAUCAACCGAUGUCGUGCCACCACAACAGGUCUCCGUCAUCAAGCUGAGGCCGAAAGUUGCCGCGGCGAAGCGGAGCUUUACCACGUCGGCUAGGGUAGAAGGCGCUGUGACCGCGGAUUUUCUGCCCGCGAUGAAAGAAGCCCCGCGGGCAGACAAAGCAAGUAUUAAAGAGGUUGGUGGCCAAACUACGUUUGAUGAAAGUGAGAAUUCUACCGCGACGCAUGAGAGUGCUCUUCACAACGAUAAGAAGCUGAUGCAGAAGGAGCUUACUAGUUUUGAUAGCGGAGCAGGAGGCUCGACGACGGGAGCUCCUCCAGGUGCAGGCGGUAUUAAGCGAGGAGGCAGACAAGAUCGCCUGGCAAGAACAAGCGUCAAUCUCAAUGCUGAAGAUGUUGAAUGCGGUUUCCGUUCCGAUUGUUCUUCAGCCAAAGUAGAGGACGAGCAGCGGCCGACCACGUCGGACCGAAACAGCCUAUCUCAUGAUCUGUGCGACGAGCCUACCCUAGACGAUCUACACGCGUGGUUAGCCAAGGAGAAGUUUGCACACGAUGCGUGUGAUCCAAUGGCUUCCAGAAGUCGGACGGCCAGCGGUAGUUCCUGGAGCUAUUCGACUACCGAUUCUGAUGCUGAUGACCAUGUUGAAGUUGACCUUGCUUCACGUACAAAAAAGGAGAAACUCGACAACUCACCGCCAUCAGCAGCAACGAUGAAGAAUAAAAACAGAAACUGCCACAGAAAAACUACCACUACACCACAGCACCCGACAAGAUCGUGUAACCGUUGGCGCUACACAUCUCCCUUAGUGAAGAACGUAGCGGCGCUGUGCGCACUGAAUCGACUCUCUUCUUGCCUCCAAAAUUUGCACUUGAGUAGUACAACUACUAGCGGUGACCACAGUUCUACUACUUCAUCAUCCUUGUCGAAUCACUUUCGGCCAUCUUCUGGUGAUUGGAGGGGAUCGAGUUCAUCGACUUCGGCUGUUCAUCUGCCCGACGACAGUGGAGCAGGCGGCGGUGGCUCCGCUGCGUUACCAGCGCAAUGGCAGCACCAGGCCGCAUUACAGCUUACCAAUUUGGCCCCGAGAACGUCUCCUAGUGCCACGGGUAGUUGUUGUUUUCUUACCUACAAUUGGAAUGGCCCCUCUUCCACCAUCUGGCGAGCCGAAAACAGUUUCGUGGGUGGAUCACCAAAGCUGGAACUCCUGAUGAGAACGCGAUCUGGAAGAACUCGCUCUGGGGUACUAACAGGCGAGAACGCGCGAAGAACAUCCGGGGUCCUCGCAGCUUCACUUCCGCCGAAGCCGCGCCCUGGGUUGUUGCAGCAGGCGUUGCAACGCUCACUAGCUAGAAUUAAAAAGUAGACUGAGUUCACCUUCAGCACGUAUAAUAAUUUAGCAUCGCUCAGCACUCAUAGAUUUUGAUUUUUUGUCAAUAUUAGAGACUCAUUUACAUUUUCUCGAGGAGCAGAGCAAGUAUCGCAAUUAACAUUCUUCAGUAAACGCUCUCAUAGUGAUGUAUCUGAGUAGUUUCUACUUUAGGCUUUUUCAUCCAUGACCUGCAUUCAAUUAAGGGUGAAGGCGAAAGGAAGGACGUUUCUUCUUUUCACCUACGGUACGUUUUUAUGUUUCCUCACCAAUUAAUGUCUACAUCCACAUCUACUUGUCUUGUCACGUCGUCUGUUCGAAACCAGUUUGAAAAUGUUAAAUCUGAAUGGGAGAACACGUUGCUCGUGAUCAUAUACGAGAAAGAUCUCAAAAAGUAGAUGGCACCAGAAUCGGAUGAAU